AAAAAAACAAACCGGAAUUCUCUCUCUUCCCCUGAGAUUUUCAAAACGUGGGUUUCAAUUUCAGUCCCAAAUUCGGAGGUCGGUUUUUGUUUAGAGAGAGUGAUAAUGAGCGAUCAUUUGGUGUUGUACGUCGACCGGCUCAUUAGGCCGAUGGUUUCGCAGCCGCCGUCCGAGCCUGCAGCUGAGGUGAAGCCUGAUUUGCCGGAGAAGGAGGACGCCGCGGCGGAGACCGAGGCUGGAUGUUCUAGCUCGGCGGCGGAGGGUGUGGAGGAGGAGGAGGAGCCGCUGAUUCAGACGGCGGAGUGCCGCAUUUGCCAGGAUGAGGAUAGCGUCAGCAAUCUGGAAACUCCUUGCGCCUGUUGCGGCAGCCUCAAGUAUGCUCAUAGGAAGUGUGUUCAGCAUUGGUGCAAUGAGAAAGGAGAUAUAACUUGUGAAAUUUGCCAUCAGACUUACCAACCUGGCUACACUGCACCUCCUCGUCCACAUCCUGAUGAAACUACAAUUGAAAUAGGAGGCUGGACACUCUCUGGGGCUCCUUUGAGUCUGGACGAUCCACGCAUCUUAUCAAUUACGGAAGCAGAUCGUCAGUUUCUGGAUACUGAAUAUGAUGAGUACGCUGCUUCAAACAAUAGUGGGGCUCCAUUUUUCCGAUCCGCUGCCUUAAUUCUAAUGGCGCUUCUUAUCUUGCGACAUGCAUUGAGGGUCACAGAUAAUGAUUCCGAUGAUGACACAUCUGCUAUUUUCUCACUCUUUUUGCUUCGAGCGGCUGGAUUUCUUCUGCCCUGCUACAUUAUGGCGUGGGCCAUCAGUAUCUUGCAGCGUCGACAGCAAAGACAGGAAGCCGCGGCAUUGGCAGCUACACAAGUUGCUUUUGUUCUUCAAUCUGGGCAACAUAGGGGUUUGCAAUUUGCGGUAGCAUCAGGGCCCCCUGGAGCGACUGCACAGCAAGAAACUGCCUAAGUCUCAUAUAGUCUGGAAUAAUGCCAGAGAGUUUUCUGUGCCAUGGUGAGGGCGAGUCAGCGGAGAGUAUUGAACAUUACAUGGAAACAUUAUGAACGCAUUUCUUGUUUUCCAAAGAUAUAAAAAGAGAAAUUAGAUAUGAAGAAAAGAGAAACACUACAGCUGUGUAGAGAGUUCUGUCUAACGGCUUGUUGAAAUGGCCUCCCGGUUACCUCCCGGUUACUUCCAUUCUUGGUUGUCAUGUAAUUUAUGUAUGUAAUUAUAUUAUUUUCAAUUUUUCAUUCAACCAGAGAAAAAGGGAACUAUUUAUUUUCAUUCCAGUUACCCUCUACCACAGCUGGUUGUCAUCUAGAACGGGUUGUUUGUUCAAGUUGAAAAUUUUCCCGGGCUGUAAUUCAUAAUUUGUGUUAUACAUUUUGUUAUCCAAUUUCCGUUUCAUAC